AUGCCGAACCCCAUCUCUGCUCCCGCAGCGGCCGUGGGGGACGAGAACCGGAUCGUGGGGGGCCGGCGCUGCCAGAAGAAGCGUCAUCCCUACCAGGUGGUCCUCCUUGGUCCUCAGAAGAACAUCCACUGUGGUGGGGUCCUCAUCGGCCAAUCCUGGGUGCUGACGGCCGCCCCCUCGGCCGUGGGGGACGAGAACCGGAUCGUGGGGGGCCGGAGCUGCCAGAAGAAGCGUCAUCCCUACCAGGUGGUCCUCCUUGGUCCUCAGAAGAACAUCCACUGUGGUGGGGUCCUCAUCGGCCAAUCCUGGGUGCUGACGGCCGCCCACUGUGACACCAAGAGCCCCAUCCCCAUCCGCAUGGGUGACCACAGCUUGAAGACCAAAGAGGGGACGGAGCAGUGCAUCAACUCAGCCAAGGCCUUCGUCCACCCCAACUAUGACCCCACCAGCCAUGACAGUGACAUCAUGCUCCUGAAGCUCCAGAAGCCGGUCCGCUUCACCGACCACGUCCACCCGGUGGCCCUCCCAAAGCGUUGUCCUCCACCCAACACCGAGUGCAUCGUGUCGGGUUGGGGCAGCACCAGCAGCCCCGAAGGGUACUUCCCCGACGUUCUCCAGUGCGGCGUGGUCUACACCAUGACCAACGAGCAGUGCGGCAAGCUCUACCCCAAAGGCAUCACCAAGAACAUGCUCUGCGCCGGUGUCACCUCGGGAGGCACCGACUCCUGCCAGGGUGACUCGGGGGGUCCCUUGGUGUGUCGGGAGGAGCUCCAGGGCAUCGUCUCGUGGGGGAUGCAGGUCUGCGGCCAACGGGGCAAACCGGGCGUCUACACCCGCGUCUGCCAGUUCACCCCCUGGAUCCAC